UCCGGUGCAGUGAGGUAUGCGCCAUAGCAACGGUAGCGAUUCCCUGUGCUAAGGCAGAGAUCAGCCUUCCUCGCCGAUGUAAACAAACAGAUUGACAAAUGGCGGCCGCCAGUCGAGGAACCGAAUGGACUACUUUUUUAGAGAAACUUCCUUUGGAGCGAGCUGAGAAGCUUCUAAAUGAGUUGGGUGAAAGCCUAUCAGGGGUUCAGACCCGGGGACCGCAAGCAGAACAUUACAAUGAGCUGACACCUGAAGAUUUUGAGAGGGGUACUCGAGCACUAAGUGAUCUUUUCAAGAACCUUUGCCUACCUUCGUCACCAACGAAGACGCCAACUUCGAACGGUGACGGCAACGGCUUGCUAUCAGUAUCUAUGGAACGCCUCUCGAGUCCAUACAAAGAAAAACUUCGACAAGUGGUGCUUCGUCAUGAAGAAAGGCUGCGGCUGAGGUUCCUGAGAGAAGGCUCUCUGCCUCAACGCGCUCUGGCGCACUUCGAUUGGGAAGCAGAGGUGGUCGUUGCAAGCAGCGCGUUGUCCUCGCAGGAAACGCCUCUCGUUCGUCUUUCGCUAGGUUUUCUAGGUCCCGACGGAGAAUCUGUUCGAAAUGUCACACUGGAGAUGCAGAGUCGUCAACUUGAUCGAACGAUCGAAGAACUCGAAGCCUGUAUUGAAGGGCGACUACCACUCGAUGUCUCGGGCGGAACCCUAAAGAACUCUGAAAUCGGAUAUGCAAAUGGAGAGCUUAUCGUGGCACUCACCUAUGAACGCAAUUAACUUACGUAUUCGAAAGUCAAGAUUGAUAACCAUGGAAGCCUUCCUUCGAGUGGCAUUCUGCACACCACAGGAGAUACGGUUCUGCCAUUGCAUUCAGUGGCUGGUACACGGGUGCAAACCGUUCCAACGAACAACGAUAACAAGCAGAAUGAGUGCAUCGGUAUCAGAUAAGAGAUAACAGAAAUCAAAAGAGCAACACUAUGAAAACAUUAAUUUGGUUUGCGAUUCUACAUAUUAAGGUUUUACACAUGUGUGUGGGGUGGCGUGAUGGGUCAGAAAAUAUACGGUAACAUCGUAAGCGGACUUGGGCUGGGCCUGUAACGUAAAUGUUAUAUCUAUCGAAGUUAGCCAGUGCUUUGAUAUGUUUUGGAGACGCAUUGUCGCAAAGGUUGAGCAGCCACACAACCAAAUGAAUAGUAGUGCGAAUGCUUAUUAUUCACAUUGACGAUUGAUAAUGAUGCAAUAAUACUACAACAAUAUUACAAACGAUUCCACUUCGUAAGCUGACGCUGAUAGUGAAAUCGGGCCGGACAGCGUACCUGGGAUUAAAUGAAGCAUGCAGUAGAAAAGUAUUAGUUGGCUCGCUGUACCCAUCACUGGUAACACAGUCUCUCAUGUGUUAACGUAGUGAAGAGAUAAGCCUAGGCUAUAAAGGAGUAGAAAAGCAAUUACUUCGAACGUAUACAGAGAUAUAUACAGAGUCGGCACGUGAAUCAUAUGAAAGAAUGCGUAUUUCGUAUCGCCCUUACGUCGUAUAAUAAUACUGCGCGAUGAACAAGUAACAAACAGAAAGCAAUGUUUUUUUUUUUUAUAGAGUUCGAGCCGUUGGCAAUUGUUGGAUUAAAUUUGCGGGUGAAAAAAAUAGAACAAGUUAUCCAUCGAUUAGCGUAAGUGAAGUCCAACAUUCGGCGUCUGACGGCCUCGAUGUCUAUCUAUUCUAACAAAGACACUAUUAUCAUCUAGGUUUUGGCGUUAACAGGUGUCAGUUGGUCACGUGGAGUCAACAAGAAGAUAUGGCUUAUUUAAACAGAAAAAUUAGCUGUCUAGAUGCGGUGUGGGUACAAUGCUUUGACACAACCAUUCUAAUAACAGGUGAACCGUACGCCAAUAUUCAGUCUCUAGCAGUACAACUGUACUAUUAGCAGUAAAAGCAAAUAAGCUUAGUAUAUGAUAUAAAGUAGUAUAUUAUAUGAAUGAAAACAAGGGCAUUGCCGUACCUAGAUAACAAUAUAUUAUGGAAAUAUAUACACUAUUACUAUUUUCUACUGAAAGAUAGUAAUACGAAUCGCAGCAAUAUAGAUAGCUAACAAUAGAUUGUUAACGUGGACCAUGUCCAUACUUGAUGCGAUCGACUUUUAUUUACAUUUUGAUACACCAUUAUGUUUUGUACAGCACAGACAAGAAGGCCUGAAAGAAACAUAAAAAAAAAUAGUGAGUGUUAUAAAUGAUAUGUAGGAUCAUUCCACCCUGUAAAGGAAUAAAAAAGAUAUUUUUCAUUAUCACUUGGUGUUUUUAUUUUAUAAAGAAAUCAUAAUAACUUUGCAUGUAAAAACAUAAAUCCUGCUAGCUUACUGACUGUACGUGAAGCUGGAGAUUAUAGAAGCUAUUCGGUUUGAGCGUUGUUCUCAUACUUUAGGUACUAAAUGUCGGCGAGGGAGUU